AAAAGUAAUAAAAAUAUUAUAAAAUUAAAAUAAAAAAAAUGAAAUCAAUAUUUUUAAUUGCAUUAUUUGCAACAGUUAUCUUUGCAACUCUUUCUAAUAAAGAAGUUCAUCUCUAACUUUCUGAAAUCUAAAAAGAAACAUUCGGAUAGACUAUGUUAAAUGCCAUCUAAAUGAAUAUGAACUCAAAUAAUUCUCCUGAAUUAAUUAGAGCUUUAUUAGAAUAAAUCAUACAUUAAUUAGCUGGAGAUUAAGAAUAAGCUGAUAAUAGAAUCGAAGAAGUCAGAAGCAGUUACAGAGAAAAUUUAGAUUCAUUAUCCAACAGAAUCACAUAAACCACAAACACGAUAACAUCUCUUGAAAAUUCCAUCAAAUUGAAUAAAGUAAGCCUCGAUGAUGCCAAAACUUAAUUAAUUUAAGCUUAAUCUGACUAUGAUAAUACUGUAAACAGUAUCGAUGUUGGUACAAAAGAAAGAGCUGAAGCCAACUAAAAAUGGAAAGAAUCCGAUGCUGAAUUGACAGAAACAUUAGCUUCAGUCGACGAAGCCACUAAAUUAAUUUAACACAUGCUCAAUGGUGUUUCUUUCGUAUAAGUAAAAUCUAGAUUUGAUAAAGUCUUCGAUAAACUCAAAAAUAACUAAUCUAAAUAAGCUUCUUUAUUCAGACCUUUAGUUAUGGCCCUCUCUUAAAUCAGCAAUAAAUUAGAUUACAACAAUGUAUAGAAAAUUCUCAACUUAUUAAACUCUUUAAGAUAAUCUUUAGCUGACGUCUAAAAUAACAAUAAAAAUGUAGAAGAAAGAUAAUCUAAAUAAUGGGAUGAAGACCUUGUACUUUUAUUAUAACAUAAAAAAAGAUACUAUGAAUAAAUCUUAGAAAAAAAUACCUUAAUUGGAAAUCUUGAGUCUUCUAUUUCUAGAGAAACACUCUCACUUGCAAAUAAUAGAUUGACUUUAGAUACUUUAGAAAAUGAACUUAAAGCAGUGAAACUUUAAUAUAAUAAUGAUGAAGAACACUACACUAAAUUCUCUACUGAAAGAGAAAGAGAAACUGAUAUUCUUGAAAAAUUAAAUGAUUAUUUAGCUGUUAAAUUUGGUGCUGUUUCAGAAUUCCUUUAAAUUUAAUGAAAUAAUUGAUAAUUAUGAAAUAUUGAUACAGUGAAUAUAUACUUUUUAGUAUAAUAUAUAUUAUUUAGUAUUUUUUUUUUAUAUUUUUUUAUUUUUGUACGAAAAAAUAUUAAAAAAUAAAUAUUUCAAU